AUGGUCGGGGGUGCCUUUGGCAGCCAGAGCCUGUACAACCUUGGGGGGAGCAAGAAGAUCUCACUCAGUGUGGCCAGAGGUGCCGCCCAGCCUGGGAGCUCAGGGGGGGGCUGCUCGGGCACCUUUGGAGGGAGCCUGUGUCGGGCUGGGGGAAGGGGCAUGAGAGGUAGCCCUGGACGAGGCUCCUUCAGCAAUGGAGGGAGACCUGGUGGUUUGGGAGGCAUUCUCGGUGGAGCCGGGGGUCUUGGGGGUUCAGGGGGAUUUCCCCUCAGUAUCCAGGAGGUGACCAUCAACCAGAGCCUCCUUCAGCCCCUGAACAUGGGGAUCAGCCCUCAGCUCAGGGAGGUGAAGACCCAAGAGAAGGAGCAGAUCAAGACUCUCAAUGACAAGCUUGCCUCCUUCAUGGACAAGGUGCGCUUCCUGGAGCAGCAGAACAAGGUCCUGGAGACCAAGUGGAGCCUCCUGCAGGAGCAGGGCUCCGGUUCUAAUACCAACAACCACAGCCUUGAGCCUUUUUUUGAGAACUACAUCAGCAGCCUCGAGGCCUUCCUGGAUGGGCAGCACCUGGAGAAGGACAGGCUGCAGGGUGAGCUGAGGGGCAAGGAGGAGACGGUGGAAGACUUCAAGAAGAGGUACGAAGAGGAGGUCAACAAACGUACGGCCGUAGAGAGCAACUUCGUACUCUUGAAGAAGGAUGUCGAUGCUACCUACGUGACCAAAGUGGAACUGGAGGCCAAGGUGGACAGUGUGACCGAUGAGAUCAACUUCCUGAAGGCCCUCUACGAUGCUGAGCUGUCCCAGAUGCAGUCAGACACCAGCGACACGUCCGUGGUCCUGUCCAUGGACAACAACCGCUGCCUGGACCUGGACAGCAUCAUCUCCGAGGUCUGCGCCCAGUACGAGGCGAUCGCCCAGAAGAGCAAGGCCGAGGCCGAGGCGCUGUACCAGAGCAAGCUGGGGGAGCUGCAGACCACGGCUGGCAGACACAGGGAUGACCUGAAGAGCACCAAGAAUGAGAUCAUGGAGCUCAACAGAAUGGUCCAGAAGCUGUGGGCCGAGAUCGAGAGCGUCAAGAAGCAGAAUGCCAGCCUGCAGACGGCCAUCGCCGAAGCCAAGCAGCGCGGGGAGCUGGCCCUCAAGGAUGCCAAUGCCAAGCUUCAGGACCUCAAGGCCGCCCUGCAGAGAGCCAAGGAGGACCUGGCCCGGGUGCUGCGUGAGUACCAGGAGCUCAUGAACGUCAAGCUGGCCCUGGACAUCGAGAUCGCCACCUACCGCAAGCUGUUGGAGGGCAAGGAGUGCAGGAUUUCUGGAGAGUGCCAGAGUUCCGUGAGCAUCAAGAUGGUGCACACCAGCAGCGGCGGGGGCAGCAGCGGCGACAACGGCGGCAGAGGGGGCGCCCUGGGAGCCGGUGCCCUGGGAGGCAGCUCACUGGGAGGCGGCGCUGGGGCCGGCGGGGGCCGGGGCCGCGGGGGCCUGGGCUCGGGCGGGGGCUUGGUGGUGCGUGGGGGCUUCUCCGGUUCUGGGGGCUCCUGUGCCGUCAGCGGGGGCGGCAGCAACAGCUCAGGCCGCAUCUCGCAAAGCUCCUCCCAGAGCCAGCGGUCCCACCACAAAUUCUGA